GACUUGGUUGUCACACACGUACGUUGGGACCGGCAUUAGAUUAUGGAGUGAUGCCACGAAUCUUGUAAAUGUUAUUUUAGCUUAAAUUUAUACUUUUAAGCUAAAAUAACAACACGGAGCACAGUAGAAGACAACGAAAGAUGUCUGAAGCAGUAAAAGUGACGGGGACGGGAGGGACGGUGGCAGCUACUGGAGGGUCUUCAGUGGGAGGUUCCACAGCCACAGCGGAUAUGUACAAAGGUUGGCUUUUCAAGUGGACCAACUAUAUUAAAGGCUACCAGAGACGAUGGUUUGUCCUGAGCAACGGCUUGCUUUCUUAUUAUCGGACGCAAGCUGAGAUGGGUCAUACCUGCCGAGGGACCAUCAAUCUUGCAACAGCUAACAUUGUUGUUGAAGAUUCCUGCAACUUCAUUAUCUCCAAUGGUGGCACUCAGACCUACCACCUAAAGGCCAGCUCAGAAGUAGAACGCCAGCGGUGGAUCACAGCCCUGGAACUGGCAAAGGCAAAAGCAGUACGGAUGCAGGCAGAAUCAGAUGACUCUGGAGAUGAGGAGCCUGCCUCACAGACUGAUAAAACUGAGAUUCAAAAUACCUUGCGCACACUGACCAGCAAGGUGGAGGAUCUAAGUACAUGCAAUGACCUUAUUGCCAAACAUGGUACAGCACUGCAGCGAUCACUGAGUGAGUUAGAAACCUUGAAGCUACCCACUGAAAGCACUGAGAAGAUUAAGCAAGUUAAUGAGCGGGCUACUCUCUUCCGAAUCACCUCCAAUGCAAUGAUUAAUGCCUGUCGUGAAUUCUUAGCACUUGCUCAGAACAACAGUAGGAAAUGGCAGAAAGCACUACAGCAGGAAAGAGACCAGCGGAUACGACUGGAGGAGACACUUGAGCAGCUGGCCAAGCAGCACAACAAUCUUGAGAGGGCUUUUAGAGGAGCAACCGUCCUUCCAGCUAAUAGUCCUGGCAGCACUAGUUCUGGGAAAGGAAGUGAAGGAGGGCCUGGAAAAGGUGACAUAAGUGAUGAAGAUGAAGAGAUUGAAUUCUUUGAUGCCAUGGAAGAUGCACAACAGUUUAUUACUGUUCCUGCAGACCCCAAAUAUCACAAACGUACGGGCAGUAAUAUUAGUGGAACCAGCAGUGACAUUAACCUUGAUGAUCAGCACAUUGAGGAUCAGCAAGCACUUUUGUCUAAUUAUGAGCUGCCCUUGAAAGAUAUGGUACCAAAGAAGAAGCGACGAAAGCGGAUCCCGGACAAACCCAACUACAGUCUUAAUCUGUGGAGUAUCAUGAAGAACUGUAUUGGGAAGGAGCUAUCAAAAAUCCCAAUGCCUGUAAACUUCAAUGAACCCUUGUCAAUGCUUCAGCGCCUUACAGAAGAUCUGGAAUAUCACGAUCUAUUAGACCGAGCUGCCAAAUGUGAGAAUUCCUUCGAGCAGAUGUGCUUUGUAGCAGCAUUUACUGUCUCAUCGUACUCUACCACUGUGUUCAGAACUGGAAAACCUUUUAAUCCACUUCUUGGAGAAACCUUUGAAUUGGACCGGCGGGAUGAGGAUGGCUAUUGGUCACUCUGUGAGCAGGUGAGCCAUCACCCACCUGCAGCUGCCCACCAUGCAGAGUCAAAGCAUGGCUGGACCCUGCGUCAGGAGAUAGCUAUUGCCAGCAAGUUCAGAGGCAAAUACCUCUCAAUCAUGCCUUUAGGUUCCAUUCACUGUAUAUUCCACUCAAGUGGCAAUCAUUACUCUUGGAAAAAAGUGACCACAACUGUGCACAAUAUCAUUGUUGGUAAGCUCUGGAUUGAUCAGUCUGGAGAUAUUGACAUUAUAAAUCACAAAACUGGGGACAAGUGUCAUCUGAAAUUUGCACCUUACAGUUACUUUUCACGGGAUGUAGCCAGGAAGGUUACAGGAGUUGUGACGGACUCCUCUGGUAAUGCUUCUUUCAUCCUUUCAGGAACUUGGGAUGAAAAGAUAGACUUAUCUCGGGUCACAAGAAGUACCAGAGGGGAAAAUGGUGUUGAGGGACGACAAAAGACAGUCUAUCAGACACUGCGGGCAAAGGAAUUAUGGAGGAGGAAUCCACUCCCUGAGAAUGCAGAGAAUAUGUACUACUUUUCAGAGCUGGCUCUGACACUAAAUGAACCUGAGGAGGGUGUUGCCCCAACAGAUAGUCGGCUGAGGCCAGAUCAGCGGCUCAUGGAAAAUGGACGGUGGGAUGAAGCUAAUGCUGAGAAGCAGCGAUUGGAAGAGAAGCAGCGAGCUGCUCGACGAAAGAGGGAGUCAGAGGCUGUCCGGGCUACAGAAGAUGGCUCUUACAUCGACCACUACAGGGCACUCUGGUUUGAGAAGAAAGAGGACCCAAAAACUAAGGAAGCUGCUCACGUUUACAAAGGUGGCUACUGGGAAGCCAAAGAGAAACAAGACUGGAAUCAGUGUCCCGACAUUUUCUAAUGUUCUCCUUAAAGACAGCUGAAGCCUUCACACCUUAGCACUGUCUUUUUUUGCUCUCUUGUUUUUUUUUCUCACCAUGAGAACUGGAGAAGGAGGGAGGGAUACGCUUCCUUACCCAGAGACCCAGUGCUUGCUGCUUUUUGACUUACUGUGCUUCAAGUGAAACACUUUUUAUUCCUAACAUGUAUAAAUCAAAAAGUUAAUUCAUAACAAUCAUAGUUUAAUAAAAGUUUUGAUCAAA